GGACCGACAGGUCUCGGGCCCCCAGGCGGAGCGGCGGGCACCGAGUCACCAGACACGACAGUGGGCUCCGAGUCAACCGGCAAGACUGCGGGCACCGAGUCAACUGGCAAGACUGCGGGCACCGAGCCAACUGGCGGAACAGCGGGCUUCGAGUCGUCUGGCAAGACUGCGGGCACCGAGUCAACUGGCGGAACAGCGGGCAUCGAGUCAACUGGCGGAACAGCGGGCUUCGAGUCGUCUGGCAAGACUGCGGGCACCGAGUCGUCUGGCAAGACUGCGGGCACCGAGUCGUCUGGCAGAACAGCGGGCAUCGAGUCAACUGGCGGAACAGCGGCCACCGAGUCGUCUGGCAAGACUGCGGGCACCGAGUCGUCUGGCAAGACUGCGGGCACCGAGUUGUCUGGCAAGACUGCGGGCACCGAGUCGUCUGGCAAGACUGCGGGCACCGAGUCGUCUGGCAUUGGAUCGUCUGGCUCGACAGCGGGCAUCGGGUCACCAGGCAUCAGGUCAUUUGGCUCGCCAGCGGGCACCGCGUCAUCUGGCAAGGCAGUGGGCACCGAGUCACCAGGUACAACAGCGGGCUCUGAGUCAAUUGGAACGACAGCGGGCACCGGAUCAGGUACCGGAUCAUCUGGAUCAACAGCGGGCAUCGAGUCAACUGGC